CAGGAGCUAUCAAACCAGCCAUAUUGUUCCUUCUUGACGUGCUACUAAACAAAACAGCACGUGUAAAUUAUGCGUAUAGAAACUUGUUACUUCUGUUCGUCCAGGAUUUAUCCUGGACACGGCAUACAAUUCGUCAGAAAUGACUGCAAGAUUUUCAGAUUUUGCCGAUCAAAGUGCCAUGCAGCGUUCAAAAAGAAGAAGAACCCACGUAAAACCAAAUGGACCAAAGCGUACCGUAAGACUGCUGGCAAGGAAUUGGCAAUUGAUCCUUCAUUCGAGUUUGAAAAGCGUAGGAAUGCUCCGGUCAAAUACAGCAGGGAGUUAUGGACUAAGACAAUUGAAGCAAUGAAGAAAGUGGAGGAAAUUAGGCAGAGACGCAGCAACAACUAUAUUAUGCAGAGGUUGAGAAAGGGAAGGGAAGUGGAGUGGCAACGAGAUGUCAGAGAAGUACAGAGAGAUAUCUCCUUAAUUAAAUCACCAGCCGCCGGUCUGAAACAGCGACAGCUUGCUGAAGAAACUGAAAUGGAAAUUGAACCUGAAACCAUUGAGGUUGUUGAUGCUAAAGGCCGUAAGCAAGUCAUUGAGGCUCCCGUUAUGGUACCAGCUACAGGAGACAUGAUUGAAGAUGGCGGAGAUAUUGAGUUAUAAACAGCUAUUACAUAGAACCAAACAUAUUUCAUGGAUAGUUCUAUGCACAAAUACAAAUAAACAUGACUUAGGGAUGAAAAAAUUGGAAAAGAACUUUAGAAAUUACUUGGAAAUUUGAAAGCGUGAAGUUUUGCUCCUUGUUUUCUGAUAACAGAUGUUGUGUGACAGAACUUGUUGUCAUGUUAAUUUCUCUGAGCUGUAUGGUCGAUAAUUUCAGCAAAAACAUAGUUGACGAAAGGAAAUGUAUCGACCUCAGUUUUUAAACUUAUGUAAAUGGUCAUUGAACAAGUUUCUUACGUGAUUGUAAUUAUUGUGUAAUCAUUGUCACUCAUUCAUGUAAGAUUAUUACAAUAAUUAAACUUAUUUAUAGUGAAAAA